AUGUGCACCGGCGGGUGUGCCAAGUGCCUGGGGGGCACCCUCAUUCCCCUCGCUGUGUUUGCCGUCCUGGCUAACAUCCUGCUGUUUUUUCCUGGAGGAAAAGUGAUAGACAACACUGAACACCUUUCCCAAGAAGUCUGGUAUUUCGGAGGAAUAUUAGGAAGUGGGGUCUUGAUGAUCUUCCCAGCACUGGUGUUCCUGGGCCUGAAGAACAAUGAUUGCUGUGGGUGCUGUGGCAAUGAGAGCUGUGGGAAGAGAUUUGCGAUGUUCACCUCCACAAUAUUUGCUGUGAUUGGAUUCUUGGGCGCUGGAUACUCAUUUAUCAUCUCAGCCAUCUCCAUCAACAAGGGUCCUAAAUGUCUCAUGGAAAAUGGCCAGUGGGGCUACCCCUUUCACAAAGGCGAUUACCUCAGUGACGAAGCCUUAUGGAGCAACUGCCAGAUGCCUGAAAACGUGGUGUCCUGGAAUCUCACCCUCUUCUCCAUCCUGCUCAUCAUAGGAGGGACCCAGAUGUGUCUCUGUGCCAUCCAGGUGGUCAACGGCCUCCUGGGGACCCUGUGUGGAGACUGCGGGUGUUGUGGCUGCUGUGGGGGAGAUGGACCAGUUUAA